UGGCAGUCAGUCGCGCUUGGGCGCUCAAGCGGUAAAGGUCUGCGUAUUAUAUCAUCUUUGUUCAAGAACAAGUCCCAAUAAUUGAAGGAUAAAUCAAAAAGUGUCAAUAAAAAGUGUCGACGAGCCAUCAUCAUGGAGCGCGAUGAGGCAUCCACCACGACCAGCGAGGAAAAAUCACAGGAGGAGAUUCCCACGGCCGAGGGUCUGGAGUCCACGGAGCCUAUUAGUUUCCUGCAACUCUUCCGGUUCUCCACCUACGGGGAGAUUGCCUGGCUCUUCUUCGGGUUCAUAAUGUGCUGCAUCAAGGCACUGACCCUGCCCGCCGUGGUCAUCAUUUACAGCGAGUUCACAUCCAUGCUGGUGGACCGCGCCAUGAUGUUCGGCACCAGUUCAAAGGUCCAUGCCCUGCCCCUUUUCGGAGGUGGUAAAACACUAACGAAUGCAUCCAUAGAGGAAAACAGCGAGGCCUUAUAUGAUGAUUCCAUAUCGUACGGCAUUCUUUUAACCAUCGCUUCUGUGGUGAUGUUCAUCUCGGGCAUUUUCUCCGUAGAUGUCUUUAAUAUGGUGGCCCUACGUCAGGUCACACGGAUGCGAAUAAAGCUCUUUUCGUCCGUGAUUCGCCAGGACAUCGGCUGGCACGACCUGGCCAGCAAACAAAACUUCACCCAGAGCAUGGUGGACGACGUGGAGAAGAUUCGCGAUGGCAUCUCAGAAAAAGUGGGACAUUUUGUAUACUUAGUUGUUGGCUUCAUCAUAACUGUGGCCAUUUCAUUUGCAUACGGUUGGAAACUCACCUUAGCUGUGAGUUCGUACAUUCCUUUGGUGAUUUUGGUUAACUACUAUGUGGCUAAGUUCCAAGGAAAGCUAACAGCCCGGGAACAGGAAUCCUAUGCAGGCGCUGGCAAUUUGGCAGAGGAGAUUCUCAGUGCCAUACGCACUGUGGUCUCAUUUGGUGGUGAAAAAUCAGAAGUGCAGCGUUAUGAGAACUUCUUAGUCCCAGCUCGAAAGGCCAGUCAGUGGAAAGGCGCCUUUUCGGGGGUCAGUGAUGCGGUUCUGAAAUCGAUGCUAUAUCUAUCCUGCGCCGGAGCUUUUUGGUAUGGCGUCAAUCUCAUCAUCGACGAUCGCAAUGUGGAAGAUAAAGAGUAUACACCUGCCAUUCUGAUGAUUGCCUUCUUUGGCAUCAUUGUGGGUGCGGAUAACAUAGCCAGGACGGCACCCUUCCUGGAGUCCUUUGCCACUGCCCGCGGUUGUGCCACCAACCUGUUCAAGGUCAUCGAUUUGACCUCCAAGAUCGAUCCACUUUCCACAGAUGGAAAACUCUUGAACUACGGCCUUCGCGGUGAUGUGGAGUUCCAGGAUGUCUUCUUCCGAUAUCCCUCCCGUCCAGAGGUUAUAGUGCACAGGGGUCUAAAUAUAAGGAUCAGAGCGGGCCAAACGGUGGCCUUGGUGGGCUCUUCGGGCUGCGGAAAGUCCACUUGUGUGCAAUUGCUCCAGCGGUUCUACGAUCCUGUGUUUGGUUCAGUGCUGCUUGAUGAUUUGGACAUCAGGAAGUACAACAUCCAAUGGCUUAGAUCGAAUAUUGCAGUGGUGGGUCAGGAACCAGUACUAUUCUUCGGCACUAUAGCCCAAAACAUAAGUUAUGGUAAACCAGGAGCCACGCAGAAAGAAAUCGAAGCGGCUGCCACUCAGGCAGGAGCCCAUGAGUUCAUCACCAAUCUCCCAGAGAGCUAUCGCAGCAUGAUUGGUGAACGGGGAUCCCAACUAUCUGGAGGUCAGAAGCAACGGAUAGCCAUCGCCAGAGCUCUAAUUCAGAAUCCCAAGAUCCUGCUGCUGGAUGAGGCCACUUCUGCACUGGACUACCAAUCCGAGAAACAGGUCCAACAGGCUCUGGAUUUGGCCAGUAAAGGUCGUACAACCAUCGUGGUCUCCCAUCGAUUGUCAGCUAUUCGUGGUGCAGACAAGAUCGUCUUUAUCCAUGAUGGUAAAGUUCUGGAGGAGGGUUCCCACGAUGAUCUAAUGGCUCUGGAGGGCGCCUACUACAACAUGGUUCAUGCUGGCGACAUCAAUAUGCCCGACGAGUUGGAAAAGGAGGAGAGCGUCGAGGAAACCAAACGAAAAAGUCUAGCGCUAUUUGAGAAGUCCUUCGAGACAAGUCCCCUGAACUUCGAGAAAGGCCAAAAAAACAGCGUCCAAUUUGACGAAACCAUGAUAAAGGCCCUCGUCAAGGACACCAAUGCCAAGAUAAUUGAAGCUCCCCCAGAUAAACCGAACUUUUUCCGCACCUUCUCUCGGAUUCUAAAACUUGCCCGACCAGAGUGGUGCUACCUGAUCAUCGGAACCAUAAGCGCCGUCGCCGUGGGAUGUUUGUAUCCGGCUUUCGCAAUCAUAUUUGGAGAAUUCUAUGCAGCUUUGGCUGAACAGGAUCCGAAGGAUGCCUUACGGCGUACGGCUGUGCUUUCCUGGGCCUGUUUAGGCCUGGCUUUCUUGACUGGAUUGGUCUGCUUCAUGCAGACUUAUUUGUUUAACUAUGCUGGCAUUUGGCUGACCACGAGGAUGCGAGCGAUGACUUUUAAGGCCAUGGUGACUCAGGAUGUUGGCUGGUUCGACGAUGAGAAUAACUCGGUGGGAGCUUUAUCGGCUCGAUUGUCCGGUGAGGCUGUGGGUGUCCAGGGGGCCAUUGGAUAUCCCCUGAGUGGAAUGGUCCAGGCGCUGUCCAACUUCAUUUCGAGUGUCAGUGUUGCGAUGUACUACAACUGGAAACUGGCCUUGUUGUGUUUGGCCAAUUGCCCCAUUAUUGUGGGAUCUGUUAUUCUGGAAGCAAAAAUGAUGUCCACUGCUAUUGUGAGGGAAAAGCAGGUGAUUGAGGAAGCAUGUCGCAUCGCCACCGAAUCCAUAAGCAACAUACGCACUGUUGCCGGGUUGAGAAGGGAGGCGGAUGUUAUCCGGGAAUAUACAGAGGAGAUUCAGAGGGUAGAGAUACUCAUCCGUCAAAAACUGAAAUGGCGAGGAAUCCUCAACUCCACCAUGCAGGCAUCUGCAUUCUUUGCUUAUGCUGUCGCUCUCUGUUAUGGAGGCGUUCUGGUGUCCGAGGGUCAGCUGCCUUUCCAGGAUAUUAUCAAGGUGUCGGAAACCUUGCUGUAUGGUUCAAUGAUGCUGGCCCAAUCACUGGCCUUUACCCCUGCCUUCUCCGCUGCCCUGAUCGCGGGUCAUCGUCUAUUCCAGAUUCUGGAUCGGAAGCCAAAGAUUCAGUCACCCAUGGGGACUAUCAAAAAUACUCUCGCCAAGCAAUUGAAUCUCUUUGAGGGUGUACGAUAUCGGGGUAUUGAAUUCCGUUACCCUACACGACCUGAUGCAAAGAUUCUCAAUGGCUUGGACCUGGAAGUACUCAAGGGUCAAACGGUGGCCUUGGUGGGUCAUUCCGGCUGUGGAAAGUCCACCUGUGUGCAGCUGUUGCAGCGAUACUACGAUCCCGAUGAGGGCACUAUACACAUCGAUCAUGAUGAUAUCCAACAGGAUCUGACCCUAGAAGGAGUUAGGACCAGACUGGGUAUAGUCUCCCAAGAACCUACUCUAUUCGAACGCUCCAUUGCGGAGAAUAUAGCUUAUGGCGACAAUCGUCGAUCGGUUUCCAUGGCGGAGAUUAUUGCUGCAGCCAAAAGUGCCAAUGCUCACAGCUUUAUUAUUUCCCUUCCCAAUGGCUAUGACACUCGGAUGGGAUCCAGAGGUACUCAAUUGUCCGGUGGACAGAAGCAACGGAUUGCCAUUGCCCGGGCGCUGGUGAGGAAUCCCAAGAUCCUCCUACUCGAUGAAGCCACCUCUGCCCUGGACUUGCAAAGCGAACAGUUGGUUCAACAAGCCCUGGAUUCCGCGUGCUCCGGACGCACCUGCAUUGUUAUAGCCCAUCGUCUGUCUACCGUCCAGAAUGCAGAUGUGAUCUGUGUGAUCCAAAAUGGUCAGGUGGUGGAGCAGGGUAACCACAUGCAACUGAUUUCCCAGGGCGGAAUCUAUGCCAAGCUACACAAGACCCAAAAGGACCAUUGUUCCGCAGUGAUGACGAUGACGGAGACCCGCGAAGACAUUCCUGGUGACGCGGAUGAGACCUUGACAGAGGCCCAGAAGAAGAGCAAGCCCAAGGAGAAGGCCCAGCCCAUGAUCAGCUAUACGCAGCUCUUCCGAUAUAUCACCGGCUGGGAUUAUGUCCUGCUCCUGUCCGCCUUCGUGGCGGCACUGCUACAAUCCCUGGUCUACCCCAUCGCCAUUGUGGUAUACAGCGAACUGGUGGCCAUGUUCAUCGACAGAACCCUGGGCCAAGGAACCAGUUCGGUGACCAUCGGAUUGUCCCUCUUCGGAGGCGGAAAGAUACUCACAAAUGCCUCUUACGAGGAGAACAUGCAGGAGCUGCGAAAGGACAGCGUAUCCUUCGGCAUUCUCAUGACCCUAAAUACUCUACUCAUGCUUUUCUCUGGAGUGUACUACGUGGAUGCCUUCAAUAGAUUGGCCUUAAAACUCACAGUCCGCAUGCGAAGAGAAUUCUUCAAGGCCACUUUGAGGCAAGAGAUCGGAUGGCAUGACAUGGCCAAGGAUCAAAACUUUGCCGUUCGCAUUACCGACAAUAUGGAGAAAAUACGCAGCGGCAUAGCCGAGAAUCUGGGCCAUUAUGUGGAGAUAAUGUGUGAGGUCAUAAUCAGUGUCGUUCUGUCCUUUAUCUACGGUUGGAAACUGGCUCUGGCAAUAGUGUUUUAUAUACCCCUCACCUUAGUGGUGAACUCAGCAGUGGCCCAUUACCAAGGCAAACUCACUGGCGAAGAGCAGAGCUCCUAUGUGAGGGCCAGCUCGGUGGUGGAGGAAGUGAUCGGAGCCAUCCGGACUGUGGUGGCAUUUGGCGGAGAGCGAACGGAGUCCGUGCGUUACGAUACCCUUCUGAAACCCGCUCUCAGGGCUGGAAAAUGGAAAGGAGCCUUCUCCGGGCUAAGUGACACGGUGAUGAAGGCGAUGCUGUUCAUUACGGGAGCAGGAUCUUUUUGGUACGGAGCUAAUUUGAUCCUCUUUUACCGCGAUCCAAGUAUUCCAAUUAACGAGAGGGAAUACACACCGGCGGUAGUGAUGAUCGUCAUAUCAGGCAUAAUUGUGAGUGCCAAUCAAAUAUCACGAACAUCUCCAUUUCUCGAGACCUUCGCCAUGGCGAGAGGAUCGGCUUCGGCCAUAUUGGAGGUUAUCGAUCGUACUUCCCUGAUUGAUCCGCUCUCCAAGGCGGGAAAAAUCCUUAACUACGGCCUGAAAGGAACCGUUGAGUUCCGGGACGUCUUCUUUCGUUAUCCCGCCAGAGAGGAUGUUAUUGUCCUGCGGGGUCUUAAUGUGGUGGUUGAGGAAGGUCAAACUGUGGCCUUGGUGGGUCCAUCGGGGUGUGGCAAAUCCACCUGUAUACAAUUGCUGCAAAGAUUUUAUGAUCCUGUGUUCGGACAAGUCCUUUUGGAUGGCGAGGAUGUCCGGAAGUACAACCUAAAUUGGCUGCGGUCGAACAUUGCCGUGGUGGGUCAGGAACCGGUGCUCUUUCAAGGAACAAUUGGCGAGAAUAUUCGUCAUGGAAAACCAGAAGCCACCCAAAAGGAAGUCGAGGAUUCUGCAAAAGCUGCCAAUGCUCAUGACUUUAUCAUAGCUUUGCAUAAGGGUUACGAUACGGAUAUCAGCGAAAAGGGCGUUCAGCUUUCUGGAGGUCAGCGUCAGCGAAUAGCCAUCGCCAGAGCUCUGAUCCAGCAGCCUAAAAUCCUGCUGCUGGAUGAGGCCACUUCUGCACUGGACUACCAAUCCGAGAAGUUGGUCCAAGCCGCUCUGGAUAAAGCCUGUAAGGGUAGAACCACCUUGGUGGUGUCCCAUCGAUUGUCUGCCAUCAGACACGCCCAUCGGAUUGCUUACAUUGAAAAUGGCAAAGCCGUAGAGCAGGGCACCCACGAGGAACUGAUGAAACUGGAGGGAUUCUAUUAUAAAAUGGUCACUGUCCAUUCCUAUGACGACUCUGCAGAGGAACUGCUCAACGAACUGGAAGAAGAGGCCGAGAACAAGGACCGAAAAAUGUCCUUCGAAGUUGAACAGUUCCCAUUGGGCACCCGUAACUCCAUUGUGUCGCUGGAGAAGAAUGCCGAGUUUCAGAUGAAGAACCUGAAUGGUCUGGCCAACCCAACGUUCGAUCAGGAAAUAGAGGAGCCGGGAACUCCAUCUGGAAAUUAUAUCCGUACCUUUUUCCGCAUUUUGGGUUGGGCCCGACCCGAAUGGAGUUUCCUCAUCAUUGGUGCGAUUUGUGCUGGGCUUUUUGGAUUGACAAUGCCGGUUUUUUCAAUUAUCCUAGCGGAACUAUAUGGUUCUUUGGCCAAACCCACGGACGAAGAGGUUCUCGAGCAGAGCGCCUCCAUGGCCAUAAUUUCGAUAGUGAUUGGAGUUGCAGCAGGAGUGGUGUGCUUUAUCCAGACGUUUUUCUUUAAUCUGGCUGGAGUCUGGCUAACUAUGCGAAUGCGCUCCAAGACCUUCAGUUCCAUAAUGCAUCAGGAGAUGGGUUGGUUUGAUCGCAAGGAGAACAGUAUUGGAGCUUUAUCUGCCCGCCUAUCUGGGGAUGCGGCCAGUGUCCAGGGUGCCAUAGGUUUUCCGUUGAGCAACAUUAUCCAAGCGUUCACCAACUUCAUCUGCAGUGUGUCCAUUGCCUUUCCCUACUCCUGGGAAUUGGCCCUGAUCUGCCUGAGCACCUCGCCCUUCAUGAUAGCCUCCAUUGUGUUCGAGGCGCGAUUCGGGGAGAAAUCCGCGCUGAAGGAGAAGGCUGUGUUGGAGGAGACGAGUCGCAUUGCCACCGAAACCAUUACCCAAAUUCGGACAGUGGCAGGACUUCGUCGGGAGGAGGACCUGAUAAAAAUAUAUGACAAGGAGGUGGAGCGAUAUCGGGUGCAGAUCCUCAGCCGACUGAAAUGGCGUGGACUGGUCAAUUCUCUCGGUAAAUCCCUCAUGUUCUUUGGCUAUGCAGUGACCUUGACCUACGGAGGACACAUGUGUGCCGAUGGCAACAUCAAAUUCGAGACUAUAAUGAAGAUAUCGAACACGAUGCUUUAUGGCCUAUUUAUCCUGGCCCAAUCUCUCGCCUUUACUCCGGCCUUCAAUGCGGCUCUACUUUCUGCAAACCGCAUGUACGAGAUCAUUGAUCGCAAGCCACAGAUUCAAUCACCCGAAUCCUUCGAUAUCCAGCAGAAUGGCAAUGGAUCUGCCUACAAGACAAAUGUCGUCCAACAGGGUGUCAGCUAUAGAGGUCUUAACUUCUCCUACCCCUCAAGACCCAACCUCAAGGUCCUGCAGAACUUCAAUCUGGAUAUACAGCAAGGUCAAACGGUGGCCUUGGUCGGUGCCUCAGGGUCUGGAAAAUCCACCUGCGUCCAGCUUUUGAUGCGGUACUACGAUCCCGAUGAGGGAAAGAUUCUUAUAGAUCAGGAGAGUAUACACCACGAUAUGGAGCUGAAAACUCUACGUCGUCGCCUAGGAAUUGUUUCCCAGGAACCUUCGCUCUUUGAGAAGUCCAUUGCCGAUAAUAUUGGCUAUGGGGACACAACGCGCCAAGUGCCCAUGCAGCAGAUUAUUGAGGCGGCCAAGAUGGCCAAUGCCCAUGAGUUCAUAAUGUCUCUGCCUGCCCAAUAUGAUACGGUUUUGGGCUCUAAAGGAACCCAAUUAUCCGGCGGUCAAAAGCAACGGAUUGCUAUUGCCCGGGCGAUGGUGAGGAAUCCCAAGAUCCUGCUGCUGGAUGAAGCUACCUCUGCAUUAGAUUUCCAAAGUGAAAGGGUGGUUCAGCAAGCCUUAGACUCGGCGUGUUCUGGCCGCACGUGCAUUGUAAUAGCCCAUCGCCUUUCCACCAUCCAAAAUGCCAAUGUGAUUUGUGUGAUUCAAGCCGGAAGGAUAAUGGAGCAAGGCACUCAUGCGCAACUUCUGGCCAAGAAUGGCAUUUAUUCCAAGCUGUAUCGUAGCCAGACGAAAGCCUCUUAAAAAGACAUCAACAGCAUCGGAGCACGGAAGUAUGCAGUAAAUAAUUCUUAGCUUUUAGUUGAUACACAAACCAUCCUUAUUUGGCCAAAACCAAUAUAUCAAUAGGAAUAGUUGUUAAAUAAAUAUAAUAAACAAUGAAAAACCUAAGUGGAUUCGCUCGCUUUCUAUUUAGAAACUUGUAAGAAUAAUCAGAUGUUUAAUCUUGCUCUUUUUUUGAGUUAUAUUAUUAUUUUAUUUCGCGUAUUAUUUUCAAUCUCGUAGUGUAAAAUCUGAAACUUGUCCAAUCGUAUUUCCAAGUUGUAAUAUUUUUAUCGAUUAAAAAUGUUCGCAAUCUUUUUAUUUUAUGUGUACUUGUUUUUUUAUUGUUUGUUUAUAAAAAUUAAGAAAAAAGACAGGUAAUAUAAUCUUUAAUGGCACAAUGCUUUUAUUUUUAGUUUAGUUUUUUUCGACUUUUAGUGGUAGAAUACAGAAUUAGUUUCUUAACAUGCAUUACUGGCAAAAAAAAAAAAUAAAAUAAGGUUCACGUAACUGUGUAUGUAUUUAGAAAUUUUCUAAAUAAAAGAUCAAGGAAAAAUGUU